AUGCAUGUCUCCAGCCACCACCACAGACCAGCCCUCUGUCUAGACGCCGCUCCGGCCCCGACACUUGAGCACCGCUUCGGCACCCUAGCGAUCCACGCCGGUUCUACUCACGACCCCUCCACCGGCGCCGUUAUUGAACCCAUCUCACUGUCCACUACCUUUGCCCAGACCGCCGAGGGUAAGCCCGUCGGCGUCUUUGAGUACUCGCACUCGGCCAACCCUAACCGCACUAACUUCGAGGCGGCUGUUGCCGCCCUUGAGUAUGCCCACUACGCCCUUGUAUAUUCCUCCGGCUCCGCAGCCACUGCUAAUAUCCUCCAGAGCCUCGCUGCUGGCUCCCACGUCGCUCCCACGUCAUCUCGGUCUCCGACGUCUACAGCGGCACCCACCACUACUUCACUUAGGUCGCUAAGGCCCACGGGGUUAAGGUCAUCGAGGUCGCCCACCGCCACGGCAUUCUGGUCGUCGUUGAUAACACCUUUCUGUCCCUGCGUUUCCGCCUUUAACUCGGAUGAUCUCCUUAAGACGCUGCACCUACGCGCUAGCGAGGCCACACACAACGCGACCACCGUCGCCACAGCCUUUGAGGCCUCGCCUAACGUCAUCACUGUUAAUUACCCCGGCCUCGAUUCCCAUCCGCACCGCGCAAUUGCUAUAAAGCAGCACUAUAGCGGCAUGCGCGGCGGCAUACUGUCCUUCCGCAUUAAGGGCGGCCACAACGCCGCCGAGCUCUCCUAUUCCCUCACUAAGAUCCUCACACUAGCCGAGUCCCUCAGCGGCGUCGAGUCGCUAGUCGAGCUCACUAGAAGUAUGGCCAAGGCCGUCGUCGUCUUAGACGACCUCGUCCGCAUUAGCUGCGGCGUCAAGGACGCCGAUGACCUGAAGAACGACGUUCUCCAGGCCUCGAGGCUGCCGUGUCUGGCUCCAGGCAAUACUUACUUUACUAUUAUUAGUACUAAGAAGAUAGUAUAA